AUGAUUUCGCCACAAUGUCCCGCACCAUCUACACCAAGGAAGAAGCAAAAGUAUGAACUUAAGCCCCACUUGAGUCCAGGCAAUCCAUUCCGCUCACCGCAAAAAGCCACAAAACAUUAUGAACAAAUGCAAACCUUUCCAUUACGCAGCACGGAGACAAAUGCCCCAUAUGAGUCUGACGUGAGUGAACCUGAGGAGAACGAACAGCCAGCCCCGCUAGAAAUGAGUGCUAUAAGCACCCCUGUGAAAGAAGCAUCGAACUUGGAACCCAUAUCGCUUUAUUUUACACCACGCACGAAAGCACGAAAACGUCUUCGUGGCGAAGAUGCUCUUACGCCGCCGAAUGACAAAUCCUUCCGAGCUCCCUCUCAAAACCGCACGGCAAAUGCACUCAUACAGAGCCCGAGGACAGUCCAGGUAUUUGACAAGCGUUCUUUCUCGCGCAUAUUCUCCGCAUCUCAUGAGCAGGAUCAUAUAAGAGAGCUUGCGUCGGUGCAGGAUGAGGACAUCCUCGGCCCUUCACCCGUGAAAGCAGACAAGCAACGAGAAUUUCGACCAAUCUUUUUGCCUCAGGCGACCCUGCCCCAGUCUCAAGAAGCCGUUCUUGACGAAGAUAUGUCCAGUGCACCAACUUCACCAACACUUGAUGCGACUCAGUCUCGUGAGACUGAGCCCGAGACAAACUUAUCUCAUCCACAUUGCCAAGAAAUGGCUCUCUGCGUUGACGACGACGCUGAUAAGAGCAUCAAGAUUUUGCCGUACCGUCGUUUUGGAUCCGCAAAGUCACCGACUCAGGAGCCAGAUGAUGCGGAUUUGAAUUUUCUAUUUGCCCGUCAUGAAGAAUCAGAGAAACGUGCAGAUGCGGGAUUAGAGUCAUCCGACGAAGUAGUUCAGUUCGGUGAUCGUCUUACGGAUAUUGAAAGCCAUACACUCACGCAAGCUGUUUUACACGGACAGCGAGUAACUUCUAAGCUUCGGGAGCGGAGUCAUCGGAUGGUCCAAGAUCUAUUUACGCCUCAUGCGUCAGGGUCCCAAUCCAGAAUAUCUACUGUUGUUCAGCGGCAGGGUCGGGCUGGUCUUGAUACCGAAGAAGAUAUCGCUUCUGAAGAAGGCGACAGUGAUAAUGAGGAAACUCAUGACGAUGAUUGGGUCAGCGAAACUAGUAGCGUCGACUAUGGCUGGGGAGAUGGCGGCAUGGAUGCUGAUGAUGUAGAAUAG